GACAUAUGUGUUCUCCCUAGUGGAGAGGUCCUUGUUUUAGACAACAAUAAUAAUAAUAUUAAGCUGUUAAACCAGGAUUACCAGGUGGUGAGUCACUGUAGUGUGUCUGAUGCGGCACAGUACAUGUGUCAGAUCACAGCAAGUGAGGUUGGUGUUACUGUCCGUGCAGAGAUCCAGUUUAUCAAAGUCAACAACAACCAGCUGGUGAAAGACAGAAAGCUAAAGUUUCAACAUAAAUGUAAUGGUAUUGCCUUCCACCAGGAAGACCUGUUUGUUACCUCUAGGAGAUCACUGUACAAGUAUUCCCUGGAUGGUAAACUAGUCAGUAAACUUCACCAUGAUUACUCAGAUACAUUGACAGUAGCGCGCUGUGCAUUGAGCCCGACAGGUGACAAGUUGUAUAUCACAAAAACCUUCCAGAACAAGCUCCUCACACUGGCCAGGGAUGGAUCAGUCCUGGCCACAUUCGAGGACCCUGAACUGAAAAGGCCUAUGGGUGUACAUGUGACACCUGCAGGCCAGGUGCUGGUAUGUGGAUAUAAUUCCAACACGAUCCUACAGAUUGACAGCCAGGGUAGUAGGAAGCUGGCCACUCUGGCUACAGAGAGGGAUGGGCUUCAGAACCCACGGUCAGUCUGCUACAACAGCAACACUGACUCCAUGAUUGUGGGAAAGGAGGUUAAUAACAAGAUCCUUGUGUACAAAGUGAUAUAGCUUAUCUUUCUUGUAUCUAAUGUGUGUAAUCAUGAGUGAUACAAAUUACAAUAAAAUUAGCUGUCAAUCAGAUAGUGCCAUGUUACUAUUCAAGAAUGUUAUUUUAUAGUAUAUGUGCAGUAAUAAGUGAUAUAAAUGACAAUAACUGAUUGUGUAAUAGUGUUAUGUUGCAAUACAAGAAUGAAUUUAAAGUGUAGAUACUUUGACAACUUUUGUUGUGAGUUUGUUGUCAAGAUAAGUUGUUUAGAAGUGUUUUGUUUAUAAGCGUUUUGUUUAUAUAUUAUACAGUUAUUUGGAAUACGAUUUGUUCCUUGAAUUGUCCUUUGAAAAUUGAAUAUUGAACUCAUAAUUUUGAUGUAACGACUCCUUGAUGUAGUGUAGCUUUUUCUGUGAGAGGUUUGGGAGGAAGCCGGACUGCAACGCCAAAUAAAGAAACACCAUUUAUUUACAAAGAAGGAAUGCAGUCAAAUAUACAAAUACAAUACACAAAUUACUUAAAAUCACUAAUACACAUUUACAUAGGGAAUAAGUCAAAUUUAAGUCUAUAGAGCCACUCGCUUUGAAACCAAAUGUUAAUGUACUAAACUGUAACAAACAUAAUUAUUAAAUUGAUAUUAAUUAACAGACUUAAUUUUAUUGCAUUGAAAUAGUAAUACAAUUAAUGUAAGUAUGCAUGUUUUAUUUCAAAACUGACUUAUCACUGAAACUGACAAAAAUUCUGAAUAAAUCAUUAUAUUACCAUAAAACAGUUAAGUAUUUGAAACUUAAAGUAAAACAAUUUAAAUCAAAUAUAAUGUAGUAAAAUCAGUUUUUUACCUGCAACGCCAAAUAGAAAAACACCAUUUAUUUAUAAAGAAGGAAUGCAGUACAGAUGGAGGUCUGCAUUGCCUUUUUAUACUAGUUUGGUGUAACCUAGGAAUUUGUUGCAUAAUUGGCGUUACCAUGUGGUUAUAGAAAAACAAUACAGAAAACAUUUGUUGUCAAAUCAAAUCCACAAUAAACAACACUAUUAUAAAGGAACCUUGAUAAAGAAGUAAAACAUAUUGCAUCAUUAAAAUGUUUGUUGAUUGGCAUGGAAUGUUGUAUCAAUACAAUGACAAAGGCUAUGAGACAAACUUGUUAAUACAUGUAACAACCAUUAAUCUUAUAUCAGUAAGAAUGCAUUAUAACAGAUUUCUUAGUUCAAGUAACUGCUUAUUACAAAUGUCUUUGUACAUGGAUCCACAAUCAAGCUGUGAAACUGUAAAGUUAUGCAAUAAGAUUUAUAAGCAUUAUUGAGAAAAUUGGAAAUAUGCAAUAAGUUUUUAUAAUCAUUAUUGAUAAAAUUAGAAAGUUUCAAUAUUAGGAACAACCUAGGGGGCAAAGGAACAAAUCCCUAUGAAAAUACUUAUAUUUUUCUUUAAAUAAUGUUAUUACUCAUACUAUGUUUAGAAUUUAAUUUAUAAGAUGUGUAACAACGAGAUGAUUUUUAUGCCCCCAGAACAUAGGUUAUGGGGGCAUAUUAAAAUCACUCCGUCCUUUAGUUAGAUAGUCUCUCUGCCCCGAUUAGUUUCCGCUCCAUAAGUCAAGCAUUGUCAUCAGAUCUUCACCAAACUUCAUGAAAAUGUGUAAGGCAAUAACAUCUAGGUCAAGUUGAUAAUCAGCCAAAUUGACCCAGACACUCUUGAGUUACACCCCUUGAAUCAUCAUAAUUUUUUUUUUUUUUCUCAUUUCCGCCUAAUAACUCGAGCAAUUGCCAUCAGAUCUUCACCAAACUUCAUGAAAAUGUGUAAGGCAAUAACAUCUAGGUCAAGUUUGAUAAUCAGCCAAAUUUACCCUGGCACUUCUGAUUACGGCCCUUGAAUCAUAAAAAAAUUGCUUUUCCGCUCAAUUACUCAAGUAAUUGUCAUCGGAUCGUCACCAAACUUCAUGAAAAUGUGUUAGGAAAUAAGAUCUACAUGAAGAUACAUUAUCAGCCUAAUUGACUCAUGGGUCCACUUUUAGGUUUCGAAAUCUGUGUUCAGGUUUCGAAAAAGCGUUCUUUGGGGGCAUAUGUCUUGGGAUGGAGACAGAUCUUGUUAUCCCCCGCCAGAGGCGGAGGGAUAUUGUUUUGGCGUUGUCCGUCCGUCUGGCUGUCCGUCCGUCCGUCCGGCACUUUUGUGUCCGGAGCCAUAUCUUGGAAGUGCUUUGGCGGAAUUCAUUGAAACUUCGUAUGAGUAUAUAUUUGCAUAAGAAGAUGAUGCACGCCAAAUGGCAUUGUACACCAUCCGUUAAAAACAGAGUUAUGGCCCUUUGUAUCUUGAAAAAAUGCUUUUUACUAUAGGCACUUUUGUGUCCGGAGCCAUAUCUUGGAAGUGCUUUGGCGGAUUUCAUUCAAACUUGGUAUGAGUAUAUAUAUGCAUAAGAGGAUGAUGCACGCCAAAUGGCAUUGUAAACAUCUGUUAAAAACAGAGUUAUGGCCCUUUGUAUCUUGAAAAAAUGCUUUUUACUAUAGGCACUUUUGUGUCCGGAGCCAUAUCUUGGAAGUGCUUUGGCGGAUUUCAUUGAAACUUGGUAUGAGUAUAUAUAUGCAUAAGAAGAUGAUGCACGCCAAAUAGCAUUGUAUACCAUCUGUUAAAAACAGAGUUAUGGCCCUUUGUAUCUUGAAAAAAUGCUUUUUACUAUAGGCACUUUUGUGUCCGGAGCCAUAUCUUGGAAGUGCUUUGGCGGAUUUCAUUGAAACUUGGUAUGAGUAUAUAUCCCCUGCCAGAGGCGGAGGGAUAUUGUUUUGGCGUUGUCCGGCUGUCCGUCCGACACUUUUGUCUCCGGAGCCAUAUUUUGGAAGUGCUUUGGCGUAUUUCAUUGACACUUUGUUUGAGAAUAUAUAUGCAUAAGAGGAUGAUUCACGCCAAAUGGCAUUGUACACCAUCUGUUAAAACCAGAGUUAUGGCCCUUUGUAUCUUGAAAAAAUGCUUUUUACUAUAGGCACUUUUGUGUCCGAAGCCAUAUCUUGGAAGUGCUUUGGCGGAUUUAAUUGAAACUUGGUAUGAGUAUAUAUAUCCCGCCAGAGGCAGAGGGAUAUUGUUUUGGCGUUGUCCAGCUGUCCGUCCGUCACUUUUGUGUCCAGAGCCAUAUCUUGGAAGUGCUUUGGCUGAUUUCAUUGAAACUUGGUAGAAGUAUAUAUAUAUGGAUAAGAAGAUGAUGCACGCCAAAUGGCAUUGUACACCAUCUGUAAAUAACGGAGUUAUGGCCCUUGAUAUCUUGAAAAAAUGCUUUUUACUAUAAGGCUAUAGUGUCCUCCGUCCGUCCAUCUGUCAGUAUGUUCAUCCGUUCAAUUUGCACCCAUCCUCAAACAAAGCAUAUGUUGCGGGGGAUAUCAAUUUUACGAAUUUGCUUGUUUAUUACAAGAUUUAUUUGCAAGCACUCGUUGACAAACAGACAAUAUUUGCAUGGGAACAAUGAUUUUUUUGUCCUCAAAGUGUUAAUUUAACAACCCAUUGACAAUGUUAAAACAUCUGAUUUUUAGCUCACCCAAGCACAACGUGCUCAUGGUGAGCUUUUUGGAUCACUUGUUGUCUGUUGUGCGUCAUCUGUCGUGGGUCGUCAACAUUUUGCCUUGUUUAUACUCUAGAGACCACAUUUUUUGUCUGAUCUUCAUGAAACUUGGAUCAUGUGAGGUCAAAAACGAGGUCACUAGGUCAAAUUAACGAAAACGCUUGUUAACACUCUAGAAGUCACAUUUAUUGUCCAAUCUUCAUGAAACUUGGUCUUAACAUUUGUCUGAAUGUUUUCUCAGCUGAGUUCGUAAAUGGUUUCGCUUGAUUGAAAAACAUGGCCACCAGGGGGCAGGGCAGUUUUCCUUAUAUGGCUAUAGUAAAUUGGUCAGAACAUUUGUUCUUAUGAUAGCUUGGCUGAGUUCGAAAAAUGGUUCCU